GUUAAUGGAUGGAUGGAUUUGUCAAAAAAAAUAGAUAUAUCUUUUUUUCCGGGGGCCACAUCCCAUCCCUAAAUAUUAGGAGCGUUCAAAUAUAUUUGUUUUGUAAAUUCAAUCCCGCAAUCGUAAAACGUCACAUUAUUAGCUCUCGAAACGCAAAAAGGUUAACUUCUUCAUACACUUGAAUUACAGUUAGAAAAAAAAAGUUCAACACAGCCUGCACAGCUACGAAGCUUUUACGACAAGCACUUAUACCCUGCAACAUAUAAUAAAUAGAAUUUACAUCCUCUUUCUUAUGGUAAAUUUUAACCACCCUUGUUACUCUGGCACAGUUGCAGCAAUGGAAUAUUCCUCAAUGCUUGUGCACACACUUUUUUUUUUAUUUUCUGCUGCGAGGGAUGGCGGGGGGUUACAUUUUUGCAAGAAUCAAGCCAAACGUGACUUUUUAUGCUUUAAUCUUAUUUGUGUGCAUGUGCUGCUAAUUCCCAACAAACAAAACCAACUCACACACACGUAGACGUGUGACGAGAGGCACCUUGGUGGGCUGGAUGUGCAAGUGGAGGGGCUACCCAUUCUCGUUGCUAAUAAAAGGAGCUCCUCAGAAGCACCGCGAGCCAGAGUCAUCAUGAUCAACUUAUUCGCCUUCCUUGUGGAGAAACUCGCCCUCCUCUGCAAGCUCAAAGUGGUCGUUUUCGGCUCGGCGCAUGCGUACGAGCGUGCCACCCAACCCCGGGGAGCCUCAUCUCCACCCCCGCCUCCUCCGCUGCUCCGGCGGGGCGAUCUCCUCGAAGUACCCCGCACGCUCUUCACCCACUUCGGCGUCUACCUGGGCGACGACCGGGUGGCGCACCUCAUCCCGGACAUCCUACCGGCGCUCACCGACGACCGGCGGCGUUUGGCCACGGUGGUGAGCAACGGGCGGCUGAUCGCCGGAUGCUUGUGCCGGCGCGCCACGGUGCGCGUGGACAGCCUGGAGGACUUCGCGUACGGCUCCCGGAUCCUGGUCAACCGCGCGGAGGGAGCGGCGAAGGGGGCCAUGGCGCUACCGGCGGAGGAGGUGGCCCGCCGGGCGGAGGCGCUGCUGGGCAACUUCCCGUACAGUCUGCUGUGGAACAACUGCGAGCACUUCGUCACCCAUUGCAGAUACGGACGAGCCGCCAGCCGACAGACCGAACAGUUUUGCGAGUGCGUAAAAUGGGUGAUCAGAGAUCGACGCAGCGUCCUGCUGACGGCAAUUCUGGGAGUCAUCUCCAUGCUCUUGGGCGGCAUGGCCACCUCAACUACAUUACCCACAAUUCUUAUCCCCUUCACUCUCUGGAUGGCCGGCUAAUUCCUGUCGAUUUUUAAGCCGUGUUUAGAGUUGUCCAUGAAGCACCUUAGAAUUGUCUCAGUUCCUUCCCAUUUUUCCCUCUAAUGACAAUAACUGGAUUAUUUCAUUGAAGUGUUUUUUUUUGUUUUCUUUUGUAAAAAUGUGUAAAUAAUAAAAAUGUUAUUUUUA